AAAAACCAUGCGUCCCGUUUCCCAAAACCCUCAUCUCGUUUCCCCCAAACUCCAUCUUCUCCACCGCGCCAUCCACACUCCCAACCCACCGUCACCGCCGCUCGCCGGACUCUCCUCUCUCGCCACCACCAUCUCCGACCUCGUCCUCUCCCACCCUUCCAACGAUCCACAAACCCUAGCCAAAUCCCUAUCCUCUCACCUCCCCUCCUCCUCCCCUUCCUCCAUCCCCGAUCUCGUCCUCAAGCUCCUCUGGAACCACGCCCCCCGAGCUCUCCUCUUCUUCAACGCCCUUCUCCUCCUUUCCCCCCACCCUCCUCCCUCUUCCACCCUCACCCUCGCCACCGACCUCGCCGCCCGCCUCCAUGACCACAGUACUCUCCACCGUCUCAUCUCCCUCCGCCCUCCCUCACCCCGCGCCUUCUCCUGCCUCUUCGAGCGCUACGCCGCUCACGGCAAGCCCGAUCGCGCCAUCCGCCUCUUCCUCUCCAUGCGCCAUCGCCAUGGCUGCUCCCAAUCCCUCCCCGCCUUCAACUCCCUCCUUGACGCCCUCUGCAAGUCUCGCCGCGUCGCCAAAGCCUCCUCCCUCGUUAAAUCCCUAAGAUCCCACUUCCACCCCGACGUCAUCACCUACAAUAUCCUCGCCGAUGGCUGGUGCCGCAUGAAAAACACCUCCAAAGCUUUAGAAACCCUAAAAGAGAUGAUCGAUUCCGGCAUCCAACCCACGAUCAACAGCUACAACAUCAUCCUCAAGGGUUUCUUCCGAUCGGGGCAGAUCAAGCACGGCUGGAACUUCUUCAUUGAGAUGAAAAGGCGGAGGAAUUGCCGGCCGGAUGUCGUCUCGCACACCACCGUGGUGCACGGGCUUGGCAUCGCCGGAGAUAUCGAUAAAGCCCGGAAGGUGUUCGACGAAAUGCUCGGUGAGGGGUGCUUGCCUUCGGUAGCUACUUAUAAUGCUUUAGUUCAAGUGAUUUGCAAGAAAGGCAAAGUUGAAGAUGCAUUGAAAGUGUUUGAUGGAAUGCUUGCAAAGGGUUAUGUGCCGAAUUCGAUCACUUAUAACUUGGUGAUCAGAGGGUUGUGCCAUGCCGGUGAGACGGCGCGGGCAAUGGAGUUCUUGAAUCGGGUCGAGGAGGAGGAUGAUCGGCGAACGAAUGUGCAGAGUUAUAACAUUGUUGUUCGAUAUUUGAUGGAGGAUGGGGAGAUGGAGAAGGGAUUGGAGGUGUUUGAGAGGAUGAAGAGGAAAGGCCGGUGUUUGCCGAACCUUGAUACGUAUAAUGUGAUUAUCAGUGGGAUGUUUAAGAGGAAGCGGCCGGAGGAUGUUGUCGUGGCGGGGAAGAUGGUGGUGGAGAUGGUUGAAAGAGGGUUUUUGCCGAGGAGGUUCAUGUUUAAUAAAGUUUUGAAUGGUUUGUUGAUGACUGGGAAACCAGAGGUUUGCUAGAGAACUUCUGAGAUUGCAAGAAAG